AUGCAGCUUGCCGUGGACGAUGCCUCAAACAAGCUGCACAGCGACAUCGCAGCGGUGCUACAGCAGAUGGAUCAUUUAAAGCUCCAGGACUCUACAUACGAGAAUCAGUUCGCCCGAUUCCAAGCCUCGCAUGCGGAUACACUGUCAAGGCUAUCUUUAGGGAUUGAGUCCAUCAUGCUGGAGCAAGAAGCCAUCAGAACGACAAGUGACAAACAGCGAGCCCAAGUUGCUCAGCAGCGCAUAUGCAUGAGCUUGUCAUUCUGCGACAUGGUUUCAAGGCAGGGCCGGAUUCGCGAGGCUCAUGAAGGCACCUAUGGUUGGAUCCUGGCGCCAUGCGAUACGACAGACAACGGUCUUAGUGAUUUCCACUCAUGGUUGGCUGCACCUGCGCCAGAUCACGGCCUCUUUUGGAUCUCCGGAAAGCCAGGAUCAGGCAAGUCGACACUCAUGCGGUAUCUGGAUGAUCAUCUGAAGCCUGCUUCUUGUACCAACUGGUUAUCAGGGUAUGGUCUUUUCAUCUGUCGAUAUUUCCUCUGGAACCCCGGGCGAGGAUUACAAAGGUCCUUUCAAGGUCUCCUGCAGGCGCUAUUACAUCAACUACUUUGGAAUCAUCAGUGGCUGAUCGAGACUAUUGUCAGCGAGGAGAGGUGGCUGACUGCGUGUGCCACGGAGCCUGAGCUACAGUGGUCAACGCCAGAACUGAAGACGACGAUAGUAGCUUGCUUACAAAGGAUCGCUACUACGAGGAAGAUUCUUAUCCUAGCUGAUGGUUUGGACGAACUAGACGGCACAGACGACGAUCGUCACGACAUGCUAGAUUUCCUCCACAGGUUGCCUCAACUUGGCUCCAUAAAGGUGUGUUUGUCCAGUAGGCCCUGGAACAUCUUUGCCGACUCCUUCUACGGCCUUCCUCAAAUUCAGCUCCACCUUUUCACUAGGAUGGACAUUGAGAAAUAUGUGAGACAGUCGCUCUCGCACAGCAUGCGCCAUCAGAGCUCCUAUCUCCAUAACAGUGGCCAAGGGGAGAGACUGAUUCAAAUGAUUGUCGACAAAGCCAAUGGAGUCUUCCUGUGGGUCCGUCUUGUUGUUCAAGAGCUCAUGCGAGGGUUUCGAGACGGAGAGACCAUUCGCACUCUGGAGAGGAAAGUGGUAUCGAUGCCGGCGGACCUUGAUGGGUUCUUCAAGCGGAUCAUCUCUUCUAUCGAUCCGGCGUAUCGCAGUGAAGCCUCCGCAUUUCUACAAACAGCUCUCUUCUGUCGGCAAAACUCCGACGUAGAGUGGCCACGUGGACUGUUGGAAUUGACAUUCCUCGAAGUGGGAGACCCAGAUUUCGCAAUGAGACCAAGCUGGGACUUGACUGAGCUGAAUCUUGACGAUUUGGAUGCCUUGGAGUAUCGCAUCGAUCUCGGGAAGAGGCGACUCAACAGUCGCUGCAUGGGUCUGCUGGAUCUCACCACAGAUAGAGAGAUAUCAUGGGCAAUGCGGGAAGAAGGAGAGUUGGGUCCAAGGUUCAUGAAUGUCUUCUGCGCGAAGGUGGAUUUUCUGCACCGGUCUCUAAUGGACUACUUACUCACCGACGAUGCCCAAGGUGUUUUGCAGCAAUGCACAGACGGUCCCUUUCAAGCGCGACGCUUUCUAUGCAGCGCACUAAUAGCUAGGGUGCGUGCUAUCCACGCCACCUGUGCCGGACCCCCUUCCCGCCAUUCGGAUUAUAGUACGUCCAUCAGGUCCCAGGACACGAGAUUCCUCGCUGAUCAAACGGACCUCGUGUUGAGAGCAAUCGGCUGCUCAAAGGAUCUGGAGCCUCCCACAAUGAAUAUCAUCAUGAGACAGCUAGAACCGACGUUGGAGCUCCUACACCACUGCUCGAGUUCAGAUUCUCACUUCCUACUCCGCGAGAUGAAGCGCUUGGUGGAUAGUCUCGACACCAGUGUGGACCGUUCGAUCAGCAUUGCCAUUGGGUACAACUUGACAGGUUUUGUAGUAGAGCAUCUGACUAGGGACAAGGUAAAGGGAAUUUCAGGUCAAGCCCUUCUCGAGAGCGCCUUGAAGCCGCCAUUUCCGCGAGGCCCGAACCCAGAAAUGGUGCGAAUUGUCCUGCAAGCCGGUGUAGAUCCCAACUACCCUAGGUCUAUCUGCUGGGAAUAUCUGCGCGAUGUGUGUCUUAGUAGCCUGAAAUUGUUCCCCAGUGAUGCGGUUGCGUCAUCAUAUGUCGUCGACAUUAUUGGGAUCAUGAUCGAAAAUAAGGUGGACAUUUCUUGCCCAGCUGACAUGCUGUCCAAGUUGAAUAGAAUUGUGAAGGGUGAUCCCAAGACAGGGGGUUCUUUUGUUGCGGGACGUGGUCGAGGCAGUAAGGUUCACGGAGCCAGACCGUCAACGAUUGCUAGCAGCCUUGUGCGAAGCAGGGCGAGCUGGACAUGCCGGCAACGACAAUAA